AUGACAGAUCAACCAGUCUCCUCCUCCUCGGCGUCUUCCUCCUCAUCAUCCUCCUCCUCUUUCGCUUCUUCAUCCUCUUCAUCAACAUCACCUUCGUCAUCUGAACCCGAACCGCAUUAUCCAUUAUUACCCAAACCACCUCAUGUGGAUCCAACCAUGCGUGUCAAUCCCCUAGAACCAGUGGGCUUACAACAGCCCUUAUCUCUUCGUGAACCUCCCGGGCCAGAUAUAAUACCGCCAAGUCGACCAACCCUCAAUGAAUUCAGACUGAGCGAAGGACCUCAAGUGAGAUCCGCCAAAUUGAAAGCGUUAUGGAACUCGCUACCUCAUUUACCUGAUAUACCAUCUUCGCACGGGGAUGACUCACCUACACCAACGCAGAGGAUGAAAUUACCAGGUCAAGAUACCCUUACGGCCCUGUCACCCGAACGAGCAGAUAGAUUGAGAAAGCUGUAUCAGGAGGAACUGGUCAAGGCCUGUAAUGAUAAGAGACCCGAGGCGAGGUUAUGGGGAGGUGCAGAUGAUCUGACGGAACCGGAAAUAAAGAAUCUGAAAGGAAAGGGUAUAGCAUGGCAGGAUUUCAGGCGAUUCCUGUGGGACAAAGAGAAAGAGCUCUGGGAUAUCUUUCAAGAUCUCGACAAGAAUGGCGAUGGACGACUGGAUGCAACGGAAAUGAGAGCCGCCUUAUCACGCUCAGGCGUAGAUAUCACUCCAGCGACUACAUCGGAUCUUGUUCAAUUCCUCGCUUCUCAUCCUGCAGAAAAUGGAGUUUCGACGAGGGAAACGAGGAAUACCUCAAGUCCUGAACCUGGAGAUAUGUAUAUUACGUUUGCAGAAUUCAGGGAUUUCUUAAUCAUGUUACCUAGGAAAGCGACUCCUUUUGAGAUAUAUAAAUUCUACCAAGUGAAGAAGCGCACUUCGGAUGGACGCGGAGCCGCACGAGUAGAUAAAGAGGGAGACAUCAGCGUAUCUUUCCCGAAAGCACCUAAUUCAUCACAGCAGUCUACCGCCGCUGGAUUCUUCCAUCCUCCUCAACCCCACCACGACGAAGAGUAUGCUGAUACACCUGGAACCGAGCCUGAGGAGGAGGAAAUAGUGGAAGAGCGGAGUGAAGCUUGGAGGUUCCUGUUGGCUGGUGGGAUUGCUGGUGCAGUCUCACGUACCGUCACUGCCCCAUUCGAUCGACUGAAAAUCUACCUCAUCACCACUCAUGAUUUCUCGGCGUUCAAUAAGGAUGCCCACCUGAAUCAUCCCUUUCGUGCUGGUAUAAAAGCGGUGACGAAUCUGUGGGGAGCGGUCAACAGGAUAUAUAUAGAUGGAAAGGGGUUGAAAGCGUUUUGGGUGGGCAAUGGGUUGAACGUUACAAAGAUCUUCCCUGAAUCAGCCAUCAAAUUCGUUUCGUACGAACAAUCCAAGAAAUUCCUCGCGGUGUACUGGGACAAAGUAUCUGAUCCAGCCGAUUUAUCAUCUUCAUCGAGGUUCAUUGCAGGUGGAUUUGGAGGUAUAACGUCUCAAUUUGCCAUUUACGGACUGGAGACGCUGAAAACGAGGAUACAGUCGGAAGUGGGGCCGAACGAGGGUUGGAGGCAGGUUAGAGAUACCGCGAGAAGUAUGUGGAGGAGUGGUGGGAUUAGGAGUUAUUAUAGGGGAUUGACUCUCGGUCUAGUUGGUGUCUUCCCUUACUCGGCCAUCGACAUGGGUACAUACGAAACUCUGAAGACUGCUUAUUGCAGAUCAACAGGUAAAGAUGAACCUGAGGUAUUUGCAGUGUUGAGUUUCGGAGCAUUGUCAGGUAGUAUAGGUGCAGCGAGUGUUUAUCCAAUCAACCUUUUACGAACUCGAUUGCAAGCAUCAGGUUCCUCAGGUCAUCCACAACAGUACAAAGGAUUCUUGGACGUCGCUCAGCAGACACUGAAAAACGAAGGUUGGAGAGGGAUGUAUAAGGGUUUAUUACCUAGUAUAUUGAAAGUUGGACCUGCAGUGGGAGUCAGUUGGAUAGUGUAUGAGGAUUGUAAGAGAAGAUUGGGAGUGUAG